AUGUAUCCUAAAUACCUUAUAGCUAUUGCAGUAGCCUGUGUAUCAAUACUGUCUGGUUAUUAUGUUGAAGAUCAAUCUAUUUUUCAUAUUGAAGAUGAUAACAUUAAUAACGAAGAUAUCUGUUUCAAUGGUACAGAUAUGACUGGUUACAAAUUUAAAUCUAAUAAUCUUUGUAUGAGUCGAUACUUUCUAAGUAAUACUCAAAUUAAAGAGUUUGAAAUAUUAGCCAAGUAUAAGGCUACAGGAAAUAUUACUGAAGAUCUUAAGGCUUGGCUCUAUGUCUUGUUUGGAUACUCUUAUCCCACUGAUAUUGAUCAAUACAUAGAUUGGAUUGAAUAUCUAGAUGAAAUAAGCGUUAACUCUAGUAAGUUAAAGAGUCAAUUAAAUACUGAGUUGAUUGAAAAAUUCGAUACUGAACAAGUUCAGCAAGUCAUAUCACACCGUCGUGAACUUGAGUGUAAUCAAAUUUUAGAAUCUGCUUAUAAUGAAGUAGGGUCAUUUGGGUAUACUAAUAAUAAAAAUAACAGAAAUAUGUGUGGUUAUAAUUCAUGCUGUUUAUCGUGGUCAAAGGCAUCAAUAUGGAGCUUUGGUGGUUUAGGAUAUGCUUCAGUACACGGAGAGAACUCUUGUUCAGGUUAUAGCUUCACUUGUAAGCAUUUUGGACUUAAAUCUAAAAUUAUUAAUAAUAAUUAA